AUGGCUGAUAUAGCUUUGGGGAAGAAGAUGACUCAAUUCCCAAGGUUAUCCCUCCAUCAUCACAAUCACUCAAAUUCAAAAACAUUCCAUACACAUUCACAAAUGACAAUGGCUUGCCACACUUAUUUCUUGAUCACCCUUGUUUCCAUUCUAGGCCUAAUAAGUACUGCACGUGCCCAAAACGCGGCGCAGGACUAUGUGAACGCGCAUAAUAGCCCCCGGACCCAAGUGGGCGUGGGGGCGGUGGCGUGGAAUGCCACACUGGCCACGUACGCCUUAAACUACGCCAACUCUAGGGUUGGGGACUGCGCGCUGACACACUCCUACGGCCCCUACGGGGAAAACCUAGCCAAGGGCAGCAGCAGCACCUUCACGGGCGUCUCUGCGGUGAACUUGUGGGCCGCGGAGAAGCAAUAUUAUGACCACACAAACAACUGCUGCAUCGGCACGAACCAGUGCCUUCACUACACACAAGUGGUGUGGCACGACUCGACCCAGAUAGGGUGUGCCCGCGUGCGGUGCAACAAUGGCUGGUACUACGUCGUCUGCAGCUACCAUCAACCAGGCAACUGGGAAGGGGAGAUGCCUUAUUAA